UUGAAGAGAAAUUAAGAGAGUGUUGCAUUUGGAGAAGUCUCGCUCCAACUAAAGAAAGAACCCAAAUAGAGAUUGUGUGCAGCGAAAGAGAGAAGAGGGUCUGUCGAAGAAGGAAAGCCAGAGAGGGGUUUUUCCGACUGAUCACCGGAGAGGGAAGCCACCAAAGAAGUCGCCGGUUGAAGGAGAGGACGAUCAGGUCAAGAAAAAGCGAAAGAGGCAACGCAUAGGACGUGCUGAGAAAGAGAACAGGAAAUUCUAUAAAAGCCUUGACAGAAUAGCUAGUAACUAGCAGAUUGGUUGUAUAAAGAAAAUGGAGGGAUCAAGUUCAGACAUAAUCAGUCACCUUCCUGCAGAUGUGAAAGAAAAAAUUCUAAUGUGCUUGCCGAUAGAGGAUGCAGUGAGGACAAGUAUUCUGUCAAAGAAAUGGAGACAUAGCUGGGAGAGGCUUCCCCAGCUUGUAUUUGAUAAUGAUUUCUGCAGGAAAGCUAGGACAGCUCCUAAAAAUGAGCUUCUCAUGGCUAUGUAUCAAGUUCUACUGCGUCAUCGUGGUCCAAUAGUCAAGUUGAAACUAUCCUUGUUCGCACUGAAAAGUUGUUCUGAGAUCGAUCAUUUGAUUUAUUUUGUGUCGAACAAUGAUAUCCAAGAACUCAGCCUUCUUAUUCAGAGAGGUCAAGCAUAUAAAUUGCCAUCUUCUUUUUUUUCGUGUCUUCAGCUUAAACAUUUGGAACUCCGUUUUUGUACGUUUAAUCCUCCUCCUAGAUUUGGAGGAUUUAGCAUGCUUCUUUCCUUAGAGUUUCAGGAUGUUUCCAUUACUUCCAAGGUCCUUUCUACAUUGAUCUCAAGUUGCCCAAGACUUGAAAAACUGAAACUUGGAAGUUGCAAAAUCUUCAGUUUCAGUAACCUUGAAAUUUCUGCCCCAAAACUUACAUCCUUAGUUUUUGAUGGCAAAUUCCGUUCAUUAUCUUUCAAAAAUACCCCAAAACUUGCAAGAAUUUCUCUUCUUUUAUAUGAAAUGUUUCCUUCUCAAAGGUAUGAGGGGGAAGAUUUAUCCAACUGGCUCACAUUAUUUUCUGGUCUGCCUGCUUUGGAGUUUCUGGGGGUGGACUAUGGUUGUCUCGAGUUGAUUUCUGCAGGUGGUGUACCGGAAAGGCUUCCAAAUACAUUGAGUAAUCUCAAGAUUCUUGAGUUGUCUUUUAUAAGUUUUCAGCGCAUGUUUGAGGUCUCAAGUAUUUUCUGCUUAAUUAGAAGCUCUCCACACCUGGAGAAACUUAAAAUUGGGGUACUUGUGGAUGGAAUUGAGCAUGUGAACAAUGUUGCAAAUUUUAUAGCCGUGGAAGGAUGGUUGGCUGAUAUUUCUUUAAACAAGCUUAAGGAAGUGGAAAUGCAAGAAGUUUGGGGCACAAGGGCUGAAUUGGAGUUCAUUAAACUUUUAUUAGGGAAAUCGCCUGCCCUGGAGAAGAUAGUUAUUGGGACAAAUGAGUUGUUUGGUCACGAAGCUUUGAAGUUCUUGCAUGAGGUGAUGAGAUUUAGACGCCUAUCUCCUUUGGCAGAAGUCUAUUAUUCAAAUCCAGAUGAAGAUCUAGACGAAAACUAUUUUGAUCCAGAUGAGAUUUAGCAUAUGGAUUUUGUUUGCUUUGAGCAGCAGCAAUGGUUUCUGUGAGCUUAGAAGAUGAUCUUUGUUUUGAUGUUGUGCUGCCAGUCCCAAGUCCAAAGCCAAAGCUGCUAAUCCCAUCUCUCCUUGGUAAAAUUUUCAGCUUGGGAAUUUGGCCAAGUUAUGAAAUUUUGUACAUAUUCUUGGUAACAGAUUUUUGUUUUGUUUUGUUUUUAUUAUUAUUGUGGAAGGAAAGAUAAUGGCAAUUGAGGAAUGAUUUGGGACAAUAAAGAAAUUGUAAAUAUUGUUGAUCAGCUUCUAUAUAAUGGAGAUGUUGUGCCAUGACACUCACCAUUUUUCGUAACUUGGA